CGCCUCCGCCCAGAAUCACCGAGUCCCGCCAGACCCAGACCGACCCAGACCGGCAGCAUGGACGGGCCCCGCUGUCCGCCCGUGACCGUGGAGGGCUCGUGGAGUCCGGAUCAGAGCCGCGCCGUCUACACCAAGCUGGAGCUGCACUUCAACAGCCGCAGGAGGUCCGGAGGGGGGGACUGCCGCGUGGAGCUGCUGCCCGGAGACCCCCCCCGGGCCACGGUCCACUUCCGGUCCGCGGAGGUGAGAGCUCGGGUUCUGGCCUGGAAGCAGCACGAGAUCACCGUGGAGAACCAGACCAUCGCCUUACGGCUCCACCCGAGCGGGACGAGCGGCGGCGCCGAGCCAGAUUCGUCUGCAGAACUGAAGAGUCCAGACGGUGAAGACGAGGCGCCGUCGAACGGUGAAGACUCGGAGAACCAUCAGAGCUGCAUGGUGCUGCUGGAGAACGUCCCUGAGGACAUGUCCCCCGACCUGCUGUCUGCGCUGGUGGAGAGCGUCUCCGGCUCGGACGAGGACCGGUUCCGUCUGGAGAGGAUCUGGGAGUCGGGCAGAGCCGUGGUGACCUUCGACAGCGCCGCAGAUGCGGACAGGUUCCUGAGUUCGAGUCCCACCAGCGCCAAGCUGCAGAAACACGGACUGAGCGUUCGGGCUCUGGAGACGCCGACCAGCGUGCGAGUGGAGGGUCUUCCUCCGACCGCCAUCGCGGACCUGCUGGAGCUGUAUUUUGAGAAGAACUGGGCCCUGCCAGAAGAAAUCACCAUGAUCCCGGAGGACCAGGCCGCCGUCGUCACUUUCCCCGACCCCCGAGUUGUGAAAAGCCUCUGUGAGAAACGGGACCUGGUGAUGAAGUCCUUUCCGGUCAAAGUAUAUCCGUACUACAAGUCCCUGAGAACCGCGCUGUACGGCUCCGAGCGGCCGGUGUGGAAGAUGCCGGAAGCCUUCGUGGAGCCCGUCCACCCCGUCAUCUGGGAGUUCCUUCUGAUGAAGAAACUCGCCAAGACCCUGGACGAUCAGAUGCAGCCGCACUUCUGCUGCGUUGACUUGGAGAAGCCCGAAGUUAAACUCAGCCCGGCGCCGAGCUUCUUGAGGCAGAAGAAUCUGACAGAAGCUCAGGUGGACGGCUGGAUGAGCUCGUCUCGGGACGCGUUCCGCCGGCUCAUGUCUCAGUUUGUUGCCUUUGAAUGUGCAGCCACCCCGUCUGCGUGGAAAAGCGUGGAGCCAGACGUCCGGUCCGUCCUGAAGGAAGACGCCAUCCCGGUGUUCGACGCCUCCAAGCAGGUUUUGGUCGUCGCGGGUCGUUUGGAAGACAUAAAGAAGAUCAGGCCUUCUGUGGAGAGGAUUACCCAUAAAGCCAUGAGCCUCAUCGACCGCCAGACCAACAGCAUCUCCGAAGCCAUGACGCUGCCUCCGCCCUGGUUCUACAUCCUGAAGCAGGACGGGCUGCUGAAAACCAUCCAGGACAUCUCCCCGGAGAUGAAGUUCUCCUACAGCGAGGGUUCUCAGACGUUAACCGUCACCGGCCUCCCUGCUGAGGUUUACAAGACCACAUCCUGGAUCCACGAGAAGAAGGCCAACAUGGGGACAAAACAGCUGGUCCUAGACCCGAGUCUCCUGGACUUCCUCGGAAGCGUGGACCAAGCCGACUUGUCUCGGGACCUGUUUACUUCUCAGGGCAUCAGCGCCGUCUUCACUGUGGACAGCGGGGGCGUCCUGCUGCUGGGGGGCUCCCCGCAGACCCUGGCCCAGGCAGAAACCAGGAUGAUGGCACUUCUGUCUGCGCAGUCGCUCGCCGUGGAGGACCGCAGGGUGGUGAAACUUCAGGGUUGGGCGGACCUGAUCAGGCAGCUGCUGGACACCUACAACUCCACCAAGAAGAAGACUCUGCUGAUUCAGACCAGGGACAGAGUGGCGGUGUCCGGGUUCCGGACGCCCGUGGAGGAAGCGAGCCUGAAUCUGAAGAAGUUUCUCACAAAUUACUCCCAAGUUAAAGAAACUGUUCGAGUUAAGUCUCGAGCUGUCAUGGAAUUCAUCCAAAAGAAGAAAACUCAGGACUGGACGAGCAUCGGGAAAGACAACGAGGUGUCAGUUAGCUUCGACCCAGAGAGGCCGAGGAUCGUCCUAGCCGGUGCUCGUCUUCACGUCCAGGAAGCCAAAUCCUGCUUCAAGCGGCUGACCGGCGGCCUCGCCACUGACACUCUGAUCAUCCACAAACCCGGCGCAAAGAAGUACUUCCAGUCCACCGGAGGCUUGCUUCUGUCCACGAUAAUGACGGACCUCAGCUGCAUGGUGGUGCUCGGUCCGGAGCUUCUGGACGAAGAGGAGGAAGAUGACCGUGACGACGGGAACGCUGAUCAUUACUGCAAAGUGCAGACCGCCAGCGGAGCCGUGGUUUCUGUGAGCAAGGCGGACAUCUGCAGCUUCGCGGGCGACGCUGUGGUCAACGCCGCAAACGAGGAGCUGAAGCACAUCGGCGGCGUGGCGCUGGCACUCCUCAGCGCCGCCGGACCGCAGCUGCAGAAAGCUAGCAAUGACCUGAUCGAUAAAAAUGGACCUCUGCGGCCGGGGGACGCCGUCGUGACGCCUUCAUUCAACCUGCCCUGCAGGUUUGUGGUGCAUGCGGUUGGACCGCGGUACUCUGACUUUGACAGGAAGAGGUCGGUGUCAAUGCUGAAGGCCGCGGUGAAAGAGAGCCUGAAGCAGGCCGACAUGGCGAGCUGCUCCUCUGUGGCGCUGCCGGCCAUCAGCUCGGGUGUUUUCGGAUUCCCCACUGACCUCUGCGCCAAAACCAUCGCACAGGCGGUGCGGGAGUACUGUGACCAGCCGGGCGGCCCGCGGUCUUUAAGAGAGAUUAAUCUGCUGGACAACAACACCAACACCGUCACGGUCCUGGCCUCGGCCGUCAACGAAGAGUUCAGCGACCUGGAACCGACCAUGAGGGUCCCCGCCGGCCUCGCCGACGCCGGAGCUUCAGGAUACCGAGGGGGGCGGGGCAAGAGCCAAUCGCAACGAGCUCAUUGGUCCAACGAGCAAGGAGGAAGACGAGCUGCAUCUCCGCACCGUUCCCCGGGUUCCAGGGGAGGCCGUAGUGCCAGGGGGUCCAGAGGAUCCAAAUGGUCUGCAGGGUUUGGAGGGUCUGGAGGUUCUCGAGGUUCUGCUGAGCCAUGGACGAUGGAGCAGACCACCGCCGAGGGGCUCAAGAUCGUUCUCCUCAGAGGGAACAUCCAGGAUCAGAAGACGGACGUCAUCGUCAACACCAUCUCGGAGAACAUGAAUCUGGACCAGGGCGCCGUGUCUAAAGCCCUCCUGGAGGCGGCCGGUUCCGGUCUGCAGGCCGCCAUCCUGGACCAAGCCGGAACCUCCAGAACCUCCAGGCUGCCGGACGGCGAGAGCGGGACGAGCGGCGGCGCCGAGCCAGAUUCGUCUGCAGAACCGAAGAGUCCAGACGGUGAAGACGAGGCGCCGUCGAACGGUGAAGACUCGGAGAACCGUCAGAGCUGCAUGGUGCUGCUGGAGAACGUCCCUGAGGACAUGUCCCCCGACCUGCUGUCUGCGCUGGUGGAGAGCGUCUCCGGCUCGGACGAGGACCGGUUCCGUCUGGAGAGGAUCUGGGAGUCGGGCAGAGCCGUGGUGACCUUCGACAGCGCCGCAGAUGCGGAGAGGUUCCUGAGUUCGAGUCCCACCAGCGCCAAGCUGCAGAAACACGGACUGAGCGUUCGGGCUCUGGAGACGCCGACCAGCGUGCGAGUGGAGGGUCUUCCUCCGACCGCCAUCGCGGACUUGCUGGAGCUGUAUUUUGAGAAGAACUGGGCCCUGCCAGAAGAAAUCACCAUGAUCCCGGAGGACCAGGCCGCCGUCGUCACUUUCCCCGACCCCCGAGUUGUGAAAAGCCUCUGUGAGAAACGGGACCUGGUGAUGAAGUCCUUUCCAGUCAAAGUAUAUCCGUACUACAAGUCCCUGAGAACCGCGCUGUACGGCUCCGAGCGGCCGGUGUGGAAGAUGCCGGAAGCCUUCGUGGAGCCCGUCCACCCCGUCAUCUGGGAGUUCCUUCUGAUGAAGAAACUCGCCAAGACCCUGGACGAUCAGAUGCAGCCGCACUUCUGCUGCGUUGACUUGGAGAAGCCCGAAGUUAAACUCAGCCCGGCGCCGAGCUUCUUGAGGCAGAAGAAUCUGACAGAAGCUCAGGUGGACGGCUGGAUGAGCUCGUCUCGGGACGCGUUCCGCCGGCUCAUGUCUCAGUUUGUUGCCUUUGAAUGUGCAGCCACCCCGUCUGCGUGGAAAAGCGUGGAGCCAGACGUCCGGUCCGUCCUGAAGGAAGACGCCAUCCCGGUGUUCGACGCCUCCAAGCAGGUUUUGGUCGUCGCGGGUCGUUUGGAAGACAUAAAGAAGAUCAGGCCUUCUGUGGAGAGGAUUACCCAUAAAGCCAUGAGCCUCAUCGACCGCCAGACCAACAGCAUCUCCGAAGCCAUGACGCUGCCUCCGCCCUGGUUCUACAUCCUGAAGCAGGACGGGCUGCUGAAAACCAUCCAGGACAUCUCCCCGGAGAUGAAGUUCUCCUACAGCGAGGGUUCUCAGACGUUAACCGUCACCGGCCUCCCUGCUGAGGUUUACAAGACCACAUCCUGGAUCCACGAGAAGAAGGCCAACAUGGGGACAAAACAGCUGGUCCUAGACCCGAGUCUCCUGGACUUCCUCGGAAGCGUGGACCAAGCCGACUUGUCUCGUGACCUGUUUACUUCUCAGGGCAUCAGCGCCGUCUUCACUGUGGACAGCGGGGGCGUCCUGCUGCUGGGGGGCUCCCCGCAGACCCUGGCCCAGGCAGAAACCAGGAUGAUGGCACUUCUGUCUGCGCAGUCGCUCGCCGUGGAGGACCGCAGGGUGGUGAAACUUCAGGGUUGGGCGGACCUGAUCAGGCAGCUGCUGGACACCUACAACUCCACCAAGAAGAAGACUCUGCUGAUUCAGACCAGGGACAGAGUGGCGGUGUCCGGGUUCCGGAUGCCCGUGGAGGAAGCGAGCCUGAAUCUGAAGAAGUUUCUCACAAAUUACUCCCAGAAAACCAUCCAGGACAUCUCCCAAGGGACGAUGGAGCAGACCACCGCCGAGGGGCUCAAAAUCAUUCUCCUCAGAGGGACCAUCCAGGAUCAGAAGAUGGACGUCAUCAUCAACACCAUCUCGGAGAACAUGAAUCUGGACCAGGGCGCCGUGUCUAAAGCCCUCCUGGGAGCGGCCGGUUCCGGUCUGCAGGCCGCCAUCCUGGACCAAGCCGGAACCUCCAGAACCUCCAGGCUGCCGGACGGCGAGAGCGGGACGAGCGGCGGCGCCGAGCCAGAUUCGUCUGCAGAACCGAAGAGUCCAGACGGUGAAGACGAGGCGCCGUCGAACGGUGAAGACUCGGAGAACCAUCAGAGCUGCGUGGUGCUGCUGGAGAACGUCCCUGAGGACAUGUCCCCCGACCUGCUGUCUGCGCUGGUGGAGAGCGUCUCCGGCUCGGACGAGGACCGGUUCCGUCUGGAGAGGAUCUGGGAGUCGGGCAGAGCCGUGGUGACCUUCGACAGCGCCGCAGAUGCGGAGAGGUUCCUGAGUUCGAGUCCCACCAGCGCCAAGCUGCAGAAACACGGACUGAGCGUUCGGGCUCUGGAGACGCCGACCAGCGUGCGAGUGGAGGGUCUUCCUCCGACCGCCAUCGCGGACUUGCUGGAGCUGUAUUUUGAGAAGAACUGGGCCCUGCCAGAAGAAAUCACCAUGAUCCCGGAGGACCAGGCCGCCGUCGUCACUUUCCCCAACCCCCGAGUUGUGAAAAGCGUCUGUGAGAAACGGGACCUGGUGAUGAAGUCCUUUCCGGUCAAAGUAUAUCCGUACUACAAGUCCCUGAGAACCGCGCUGUACGGCUCCGAGCGGCCGGUGUGGAAGAUGCCGGAAGCCUUCGUGGAGCCCGUCCACCCCGUCAUCUGGGAGUUCCUUCUGAUGAAGAAACUCGCCACAACCCUGGACGAUCAGAUGCAGCCGCACUUCUGCUGCGUUGACUUGGAGAAGCCCGAAGUUAAACUCAGCCCGGCGCCGAGCUUCUUGAGGCAGAAGAAUCUGACAGAAGCUCAGGUGGACGGCUGGAUGAGCUCGUCUCGGGACGCGUUCCGCCGGCUCAUGUCUCAGUUUGUUGCCUUUGAAUGUGCAGCCACCCCGUCUGCGUGGAAAAGCGUGGAGCCAGACGUCCGGUCCGUCCUGAAGGAAGACGCCAUCCCGGUGUUCGACGCCUCCAAGCAGGUUUUGGUCGUCGUGGGCCGUUUGGAAGACAUAAAGAAGAUCAGGCCUUCUGUGGAGAGGAUUACCCAUAAAGCCAUGAGCCUCAUCGACCGCCAGACCAACAGCAUCUCCGAAGCCAUGACGCUGCCUCCGCCCUGGUUCUACAUCCUGAAGCAGGACGGGCUGCUGAAAACCAUCCAGGACAUCUCCCCGGAGAUGAAGUUCUCCUACAGCGAGGGUUCUCAGACGUUAACCGUCACCGGCCUCCCUGCUGAGGUUUACAAGACCACAUCCUGGAUCCACGAGAAGAAGGCCAACAUGGGGACAAAACAGCUGGUCCUAGACCCGAGUCUCCUGGACUUCCUCGGAAGCGUGGACCAAGCCGACUUGUCUCGUGACCUGUUUACUUCUCAGGGCAUCAGCGCCGUCGUCACUGUGGACAGCGGGGGCGUCCUGCUGCUGGGGGGCUCCCCGCAGACCCUGGCCCAGGCAGAAACCAGGAUGAUGGCACUUCUGUCUGCGCAGUCGCUCGCCGUGGAGGACCGCAGGGUGGUGAAACUUCAGGGUUGGGCGGACCUGAUCAGGCAGCUGCUGGACACCUACAACUCCACCAAGAAGAAGACUCUGCUGAUUCAGACCAGGGACAGAGUGGCGGUGUCCGGGUUCCAGACGCCCGUGGAGGAAGCCAGCCUGAAUCUGAAGAAGUUUCUCACAAAUUACUCCCAAGUUAAAGAAACUGUUCGAGUUAAGUCUCGAGCUGUCAUGGAAUUCAUCCACAAGAAGAAAACUCAGGACUGGACGAGCAUCGGGAAAGACAACGAGGUGUCAGUUAGCUUCGACCCAGUGAGGCCGAGGAUCGUCCUAGCCGGUGCUCGUCUUCACGUCCAGGAAGCCAAAUCCUGCUUCAAGCGGCUGACCGGCGGCCUCGCCACUGACACUCUGAUCAUCCACAAACCCGGCGCAAAGAAGUACUUCCAGUCCACCGGAGGCUUGCUUCUGUCCACGAUAAUGACGGACCUCAGCUGCAUGAUGGUGCUCGGUCCGGAGCUUCUGGACGAAGAGGAGGAAGAUGACCGUGACGACGGGAACGCUGAUUAUUACUGCAAAGUGCAGACUGCCAGCGGAGCCGUGGUUUCUGUGAGCAAGGCGGACAUCUGCAGCUUCGCGGGCGACGCUGUGGUCAACGCCGUGAACGAGGAGCUGAAGCACAUCAGCGGCGUGGCGCUGGCACUCCUCAGCGCCGCCGGACCGCAGCUGCAGAAAGCUAGCAAUGACCUGAUCGAUAUAAAUGGACCUCUGCGGCCGGGGGACGCCGUCGUGACGCCUUCAUUCAACCUGCCCUGCAGGUUUGUGGUGCAUGCGGUUGGACCGCGGUACUCUGACUUUGACAGGAAGAGGUCGGUGUCACUGCUGAAGGCCGCGGUGAAAGAGAGCCUGAAGCAGGCCGACAUGGCGAGCUGCUCCUCUGUGGCGCUGCCGGCCAUCAGCUCGGGUGUUUUUGGAUUCCCCACUGACCUCUGUGCCAAAACCAUCGCACAGGCGGUGCGGGAGUACUGCGACCAGCCGGGCGGCCCGCGGUCUUUAACAGAGAUUAAUCUGCUGGACAACAACACCAACACCGUCACGGUCCUGGCCUCGGCCGUCAACGAAGAGUUCAGCGACCUGGAACCGACCAUAAGGGUCCCCGCCGGCCUCGCCGACGCCGGAGCUUCAGGAUACCGAGGGGGGCGGGGCAAGAGUCAAUCGCAACGAGCUCAUUGGUCCAACGAGCAAGGAGGAAGACGAGCUGCAUCUCCGCACCAUUCCCCGGGUUCCAGGGGAGGCCGUAGUGCCAGGGGGUCCAGAGGAUCCAAAUGGUCUGCAGGGUUUGGAGGGUCUGGAGGUUCUAGAGGUUCUGCUGAGCCAUGGACGAUGGAGCAGACCACCGCCGAGGGGCUCAAGAUCGUUCUCCUCAGAGGGAACAUCCAGGAUCAGAAGACGGACGUCAUCGUCAACACCAUCUCGGAGAACAUGAAUCUGGACCAAGGCGCCGUGUCUAAAGCCCUCCUGGAAGCGGCCGGUUCCGGUCUGCAGGCCGCCAUCCUGGACCAAGCCGGAACCUCCAGAACCUCCAGGCUGCCGGACGGCGAGGUGGUCGUCACGGACGGAUUCAAGCUCGCCUGUCGCAAAGUGUUCCACGCCGUGUGUCCUUUCUGGAGGAACGGAGGUCAUGAGGAGGAGACCCUGAUCUCCAUCAUCAGACGGUGUCUGGAGGAGGCGGAGAAGCUCGGCAUGUCCUCGCUGUCCUUCCCGGCGCUCGGCGCGGGGAACCUGGGGUUCCCCCGGAGCCUGGUGUCCCGCGUCCUGCUGCAGCAGAUCCACCUGCACAGCCGCCGCCGGCCACCGCGCCACCUGACGACCGUCUUCGUGGUCGUCCACCCCAGCGACGGCCUGACCGUAGACAGCUUCACCAAGGAGUUCAGCCACACUGCAGCGACCAGCAGCCUCCAGCAGGAGGUGACAGCAGGCUCCCUGCAGAGCCAGGCCGCUGUCAGCCAAUCACAGCAGGCCGCAGCCCCCGUCCGGCAGGUCUCCUCCCCCUCCCUCGGGGUGUAUCGGAUAACGCUCCAGCAGCUCACCCUCCAGGUGUCGUCGGGCGACAUCACCAAGGUAACCAGUGAUGUCAUCGUCAACUCGUCCAAUCCCAGCUUUACCCUGAAGACAGGCGUGUCCAGGGCCAUCCUGGAGGGGGCGGGGCCGGCGGUGGAGGCGGAGUGUGCUCUCAUCGUGAACUCUACGAAUUAUCAGCCGAAUACAAUGAUCCUGACGUCGGCCGGGAAGCUCCCCAGCAGGAAAAUCGUCCACGUCAUCGGCCAGAAUGACCCGCAGGGCAUCAGGGACGUCGUCUUCUCUGUGCUGAGGUUCUGCGAGGAACACAAGUUCCAGUCGGUGUCCUUCCCGGCGCUGGGAACAGGUCUGGGGGGCGUGGCCCCCUCGGCGGUGGCGGACGCCAUGGUGGGCGCGGUGGUGGACUUCGUGAGGAAGAAGCAGCCGCAGUCCGUCCGCAGCGUCCAGAUCCUGAUCUUCCAGGCGGCCAUGCUGGCCGAGUUCCACCAGAGCAUGAAGAGGAGGCAGGGCGAGGAGGCGGGGCCAAAGGGCGUCUGCAGCCAGAUCAAAGACAAGCUGACGUCCUUCUUCCAGGGCUCCGGGGACGAGCAGCCCGGAGCCAGAGACCUGGUCCUGGAGACGGAGGAGUUUGAGCCCAUGGAGUUCCAGCUGUGUGCCGACAGUCCCACGAUUGUCUGUCUGGCAAAGCAGAAGAUCGAGACGCUGAUCGUGACCGAGCAGGCGCAGAGGACCAUCCAGAACCGGUACAUCCGCCACCUGUCACAGGCGGAGCUGGACCAGCUGACGGCCCUGCAGAGGGAACUGACGGUCAGCAUCCGCCUGGAGAGAGGCCGGGAGGACCAGGACUCCCGGAUCCGCCUGGAGGGUCUGACCAGGGACGUGCUGACCGCCGAGGCGGACAUCAGUCGCAUCCUCCGGCGGGUGGAGAGGACGGAGAACCUGAAGAGCAAGGCCCUGCUGACCAGCGAGCUGGUCCAGUGGCAGUUCCAGGACCACGACGGGACCAUGGUGGACCUGGACCUCUUCGACAACCUGAGGCUGGAGGAGGCUCUGGAAGGCAAGCAGACCGUGAAGAUCCAGAUCGGGAGCGCCAAGUUCACCGCCGACCCCCACCUGAGGAAAGCUGUGUCAGCCAGCAAGCAGAAAGAGGUGGAGCUGCUGAGAAAGCAGCUGAAAGAGGACGCGCUGCCGUCGCACUGGGACGACAUGAAGACCGACCUGGUGAAGCUGUUUCCCGUCACUCCAGGGUCUCGGGAGUUCACCGAGGUGGAGCAGGGAGUGAAGAAGACGGGACUCACUCUCAACAUCAUCAGUAUCGAGCGGGUCCAGAACCAGACGCUGUGGCAGAGCUACCAGCUGAUGAAGAAGAACAUGGAUCAGAAGAACAGAACCACAAACAACGAGCGGCUGCUGUUCCACGGCACCAAGUCCGCCUCCGUGGAUCUCAUCAACAACAAGGGCUUCAACCGCAGCUACGCCGGAACCCACGGUGCCAUGUACGGAAAUGGAUCCUACUUUGCGGUGGACCCGGUCUACUCAGCACGGAACUACGCCAAACCGGACGCCAGUGGGAUCCGGCGCAUGUUCCAGGCCAGGGUUCUGGUUGGAGAGUACACCCAGGGUAAACCGGGCCUCAUCACACCUCCCUACAAGUCCGGGAACGUCGCCAACCUGUACGACAGCGUCACCGACAACACCGCCGCUCCAUCCAUGUUCGUGGUGUUCAGUGACAUCCAGGCGUACCCGGAGUACCUGAUCACCUUCAAAUGAUCCACCAAGUGGCGCCAACAGCACUUCUGCUCAGAGUCCACCGUUUGGUGUUACUUUCCACUGCAACCUUUACUGAAGCACUGCUCACACCUUUAGCUGCUAGCUGCUAACUGUUAGUCACUAACGGGUCAGAGCUAGCUGCUAGCUGCUAACUGUUAGUCACUAACGGGUCAGAGCUAGCUGGUGGCUGCUAACCGUUAGUCACUAAUGGGUAGGGGCUAGCUGUUAGCUGCUAAACAUUGGUAACUAACGGGUAGGAGCUAGCUGGUGGCUGCUAACUGUUGAGUGCUAACUGUUAGCUGCUUGAACUCGAUUCACUUUUUUUCCUUCCACAAUCAGCGUUAAUAAAUUGGAGUCUGUUUGUUUCUAAAUGACAGUAGGUGUAUUUUUCUUGGUUCACUUUCUAAAUUCAAGCUAAUGGAUCUGAUUUGAGCUACUUUGAUUUUUUCUAAAUCAUUCCUGAUGUUCGCUUUUCUAAAACCUCUGAGUUUGAAUGGAACUAUAGAAGUAGCUCUGAAUAUUUCAAACGUGCCAUUCAGACCCGAGCCUGGAGAGGAGCAGUCUGUGGGGAGUCGAAGGCUCAUUAAAAAUAGUUUUUUUGGUUUAUUUCUUUUUCACUAAAUGUAUCGAAUCACAUUUCUUGGCUGAAAUAAAUUUCUGUUGGGCUUUA